AUGAGUCAAAAAUUCAAUAAGAGCCAAAGAUUUCUUUUUAAUUUAAUUGCACUAUCCCUGAGCGGCUCGAACGAUUCACCAUUCGAACCUGAACCGAUCGUAGAUGCCGAAGAACGUGAACGUCUUGGAAUGCUGGCACAACGCGAUUUUUUAAUCAGGAGUUAUGGAUUAGUGGAGCAUAUCUACUUAGCCUUAGAAAAGACUGGCUCUUUGCGUCAGAACGACGAGCGUAAGUACGGCAUGUAUGCUCGUGCUCAGCAGCAACAACAACAACAGGUGCACAAUCAACAUCUGCAUCAGCAGACAAAUCAACAAAAUCAGCAGCCAGCCCCACUCGGAUCCAUUCCGAUUACUGGUGCUCAGACGGCGAGAUCGGCGGUUCUUCCAGCCACUAGACAAAGACACUCGAGAACCUUGUCUCCUGGAAGCACUAAAGCUGCGAGUUUGAGUUCCAGGCCGCAGCAUGGAACGGCGCGUGUGCAGCAUUCUUCAAGUUUAAAAGCAUCUCUGAGUCUACAAUGCAACGAGUUGCCCAUGUACGUAAGAAAGUGGCCAGAAAUCGACAUGUCGGGAAGUAACACCAAUUCUCUUCCAGCAAACACCAACAGUCUCAAUUUUGUUAACAGCAGAGCUAAGGAACAUUCAACGUCGUCCACUAGUGUUCCUCAAGGGGCUGUCAAUAGAAAGAACGAUAGCAAUAUGGAUAUCAAUAAAGUUUACCAGAAAAUUGAUGAAGGUGAUAUUGUACAUUACAAUGGUAUACCCAUUGCUCAUGUGAAGCGCAUUGUUUUAUUUAACAAAUAA